UAGCUAACUCUUGCGUUCUCUCCUUCGUGCUAGCUAGAGGUUAAGAGCUAGUACGUGAGUUUUUUGGAUAAUCUAGAAAAAAACUAGCUAGCUGCAUCGAUCAAGUCAAUUAUAUAUGGCUCCGAGGAUGCUUGGUCGGCCGGGGACCAUCACCAGCCUCAUGCUGAGGAUCCCCGCGUUCUUGCUCGCGGCGGCUUCACUCGUGUGCACCCUUUUCGUCCCUCAGUACAGCGGUACCUCGGCUUACAGAGCUCUAUAUUUCACCAUGGGAACGUCGACCGCCUGGAGUUUGGGACUCCUCGUAUACGACUUAUACGCGGUCAUACUGGGAGGGCCGUGCGCGAGUAUUCCCGUGAUCACGACGGUCAUGGUCGGAGACUGGAUAGUCGGAGGCUUGACUCUGGCAGGGGCUAUGUCUUCUGCUGGUGUUACGUUCCUGCUGGGACCAAAUUUCAGGAUUUGCCACUUUGUGCCCGCGCAGUGCCACCUUGCGACGGCCUCCAUCGUCUUGGCGUUUGGCGCGUGGGUGGCCAUAGCUAUCAGCGCUCUCCUGACUUUCUCCGUUCGCUGUGAUCCCGAGCGUCUGUGAUUUACAGUCAGUUAGUUUCCUCA